GAGUGUCGCGCGCCGACAGCUUUCGCCGCAGCUUCUCCCCACACCGUUCAUUGCUCGUCCAGUUUUUGCAGCGCGACAACCAGAAAAGCCAGUCGAUAUGUUGGAUGCUUUUGAGAUUUUCACUACCUCCGGGGUCGUUCUCUGGUCGAGAUCCUACGCCCCGGUUGGCGCUCAUGUCGUCAACGGUCUUAUCAACGAUGUGUUUAUCGAAGAGAAAGUGCGGCCGCAAAGUCAUACUGUCGAGGGUGUCUCGCCGGUUUACAAGAGGGAGAAGUACAGUCUGAAAUGGAAGAAAGUCGAGGAAAUGGGCCUUGUCUUUGUGGCCGUCUAUCAAUCUCUACUUCAUCUCAGCUGGAUCGACAAGCUUCUGGACAAUAUAGCCACGAUCUUUGUCGACCUUUACAAAUCGGAGCUGAAGAGUCUCCGGGCAAGAGUAGUCGUGUACCCAUUCGACAAAUACUUCGACCAGCAGGUUCGGGAGCUUGAAGGCACUGCGGUUGAAGCCAAGGAGCCUCUUGUGGCGACGAAGGAGAAGGACGACCCGUUUGUCUCGUCUGAUAAUGGAGGUCCGCCUCCGCCGCCGGUUCCUGCCCUUCUCAAAGCGCAGCCUCAAGCUGCGCGGACUGAGGCGCUCUCUCUUGAGAGUACGCCAUCACAGUCUCCUAAUACAUCCAGGCCGUCUACCCCAGGUUCUUCUCACAUUAUCACAGGAAAAACUGGCCCAGGUGGACGUGUAUCCCGCCGCGCACGCAAAGCCGCCAAUGCGAACGCGAACGCUUCCUCGGGCGAAGAAAGUUUGAAGAAAGGAAAACCAAAGACUACCGGGAAGAAGAUGCGAAAGUGGGAUGCGGAUGGCCUUGCUGACGAGGAUGACGGAGAGGUCCUUGACUAUUCUGCCGCGCCAGACGAGGAGGGACAAGUCCCGGCUGUUCAAGCUGUGGCACAGGAAUCUUGGGGAAAGAAGACCGGAAAGGGCCAGUUCGUACUGAAGGAUCUGGGCGAGGAGAUCAACUCUAUUCUCGAAAGUGCAGAUGCACAAAAGGCAAAAGCCGGGUCUUCGACGGGCAUCAUGGGUUCCGGUUUCAAUGCUAUUGGUGGUCUUUUCCGCAAUAUUGUGGGAGGCAAGGUCUUGACCGAAGCCGACCUCGAGAAGCCCCUGAAAGCCAUGGAAGAUCACCUCUUGAAGAAGAACGUAGCGCGAGAAGCGGCGAUCCGUCUAUGCCAGGGAGUCGAGCGCGAACUUGUUGGAAAGAAAACCGGUAGCUUUCAGAGCAUUGAUGCCGCGCUCCGAACUGCCAUGGAGUCUUCUCUGCGGAAGAUGCUUACUCCUACUUCGUCCCUGGACCUCCUACGUGAGAUCCAAUCCGUGACGGCACCAACUAGCAAAUCGCAGACGCCUCGUCCGUAUGUCAUUUCCAUUGUUGGUGUCAACGGAGUUGGAAAGUCAACGAACUUGAGCAAGAUCUGUUUCUUCUUGCUUCAAAACAAUUACCGUGUCUUGAUCGCAGCCUGUGAUACCUUCCGUUCCGGGGCCGUCGAGCAGCUCCGCGUACAUGCUCGGAAUCUGAAGGAACUUAGUGCGCGUGAGAAUGUUGGUGAGGUGGAGCUCUACGAAAAGGGAUAUGGCAAGGAUGCUGCGAAUGUCGCGAAAGAUGCCGUGAACUACGCUGCUUCCAACAAAUUUGACGUUGUCCUGAUCGACACUGCUGGACGGCGCCACAAUGAUCAACGUUUGAUGUCUUCGCUGGAGAAGUUUGCCAAGUUCGCCAAUCCUGAUAAGAUAUUCAUGGUGGGAGAAGCUCUUGUCGGAACAGAUAGUGUGAUGCAGGCCCGCAAUUUCAACCAGGCGUUCGGUCCUGGUAGGAAUCUGGAUGGAUUCAUUAUCAGCAAGUGUGAUACCGUUGGUGAUAUGGUUGGCACCUUGGUCAGUAUGGUCCAUGCGACUGGUAUCCCAAUUGUGUUUCUGGGCGUUGGCCAACACUAUGGUGAUCUCAGAGGCCUCAGUGUCCCCUGGGCUGUCAACUUGUUGAUGAAGUAAUAUGUCGGGGCAACCAUGAUAUCCGCUCCACUGUUACCAUUAAUCGUUAUGCAUAGCUUGAAUAUAGACAUGAAAGUUGUGACUUAAUUUGCUACUCCCUAGAUAUCUCAGGUCGAUCUUACACUUUACUAUGUAGAAUAUCUGAGAAGGUUAGAAGAUAUGCAGAGUUCUGGCA